AUGGCUGGCAUACAGAUUGGCCUCAUUUUUGCUCUUCGAGCCGCGCACUCUUCGCAUCUCACAUGGCCAGACACGUUGAUGGCAGUGCUCUCGGCUGCUCUUCUUGCCGCUGGCGUCCUCAGACAUUAUUGGGAUAUCUAUGUCCACCGAUCGGUGCGCGGGAUCUCGUUCAUCUUUGUAGGCAUCGACGCCGCCGGCGACCUCUUCUCUCUGAUCUCGGUGUUUUUCCAACCCAGGCUAGAUAUACUUGGUAUGGUGAUUUACGGAACCGAGUUGGCCCUGUGGACAGGAGUGUUCGCUUGCGGAGGAUAUUUCAACUUGCUCCCAUGGAUAAAACAAAACUGCAAGCCGUCUGUAGAAGGCGAUCUGUCUUCCAACACUUCUGAGCCACCAGCAGACUCAACCACGCAACCAGUUCAUGGCAUCUCUCUUCGAAAUAUGCCAUCAUCCACGUCUGUAUUUAGGACGCCAUCAAGCGAGGUUGCUGUUGCGAGGAUCAGAGCCGGGUUCCAAGAUGCGGAAGAUGAGAGGGACACGGUUUCGUAA